ACCUGUUUACGGCAAAAAGCUGCGUCUUUAACGGAGGCUACUCGAUACUGUGUUUGUAAUCUUUUGAGAAAGGCAGCAAACGCGCGCAGAGGAGCGUUUUUCAGUGGAUUUUGGCACAGCACCAUACCGAGAAGCGCGCAAUGAUGCCGCGUCGGAUCCGCGUCUUGCUGCUGCUGCUGCUGCACCUGGCCGUGCUGCUGCAGGGCGGGACGGCCGGUGCGGGCCGCCGUGUCCGAAAAAAGGCCACCAGGACCCGGCCGUGCCUGGACCUGCCGGAGGAGAUCCUGGAGCAGAUGUUCGGGCGCCUCUCGGUGGGAGUGAUGAGUGCUUUCCACCACGCGCUGCAGCUGGAGCCGCAGGACAAACUCAACCUGACGUGCCCGACCGCCGCACGGUCCCAGACCGACAGCAAGAUCCGCCUCCCGGUCAACCUGCUCAGCAUCUCCCCCUGGGCCUACAGGAUCUCCUAUGACCCGGCCAGGUACCCCCGCUACAUCCCAGAGGCGUACUGCCUGUGUAAAGGCUGCCUGAUCGGCCCGUACGGCGAGGAGAGCGACCAGUACCGCAGCACUCCGGUCUACGCUCCCUCUGUCAUCCUGAGGAGAGCCGGCUCCUGCGCCGGCGGACGACACUCCUACAACGAGGUCUACGUCUCCAUCGCAGUGGGAUGCACCUGCGUGCCGCUGCUGGAGAAGCAGAAGGACGGACAGAACAGCAACCAGAGUCUGGAGAGAGCGCAGCCCAAAGCCAGGCGACUCGUGUCUGCGGGGAAGAGAGUGUGAAGGAAACAGAGGACUUGUCAGUGAACUUCAGUGACUAUGAUGGGAUGUAUGUAUUUAUGUAACCUAAUUUUAAUAAUCAUAAAUUUCUUUAUUUU